AUGGUGAAGAUUACGAGGCUCAGUGUCAUCACUCUAUCAGCAGCCUGUGUACCGGCUACUACGCUGUACACGGGCGGCGAUACGUCUGGCUGCGGCAAGAGUCAUUGGUUCAACGGAAUCACACAAUACCGAGAUAUCCAGUCUAGUGGUGUGGACCGUAGCUACGGGAUCCAUCUACCUUCGAAUUACGAUGCGAGCCGUCAGUAUCCAACCAUAUUGGGCUUUCAUGGCUCUAGCAGCAUUGGUUUUUUCUUCGAAGUAGACACAGGUUUCGAUUCUGAGCAGUUUACCGGCGACAAGAUCAUGGUGUAUCCAAAUGGGCUGGGUGGCGCCUGGGCUGGCGCCAACUAUUCUAAGGCAACAGUCGAACAAGACCUUCAAUUUGUUUGGGACAUGCUGGUCGAUUUGAGACAAAAUUUCUGCAUUGACAGUGCUCGAAUUUAUGCUACUGGCUUGUCUAUCGGUGGAGGUUUCGUUGACACUAUUGCUUGCAAUGCCACCGUCGGUGGCGAGUUUGCUGCUUUUGCACCCGGGUCUGGCUCCUUCUAUACCAACAAUGAUGAAAAUUAUCAGGAAUGUCAGCCGGCCCGUGUGCCUAUUCCCAUCCUCGAGAUCCAUGGAGGUGCCGACACUGAUGUGAGAUAUGAUGGUGGUGAGGGCGAGGGUGGCAUCGAGCCCUCGAUUCCGAACUGGCUUAGCCGGUGGGCGGAUAGAAACCAAUGUGAUGAGCAAUAUCAGCAAGAAGACCUGUUCGAUAACGAUGUGCAUCAUCUCAGCUGGACCUGCGGAGGCCAAGAGGGCGUUAUACAGCACUACAAGACCGAUGACCAGAAGCAUGACUGGGCUUCGCCUGAUAUCAAUUUUUCUCAAAUAGCCGCCGGCGACUGGCCAACCCACAUCUCAGCCACUACUCUUAUCACAAACUUUUUCAUGAGGUUUAAACGCCCUGCAGCUUAG